GCUCGGCCUGCGGCGGCUGCAGUCUCCGUCCGCGGGCGGCCGAGGAGGCUCCGGCGCCAUGAGGCUCCUGCUGCUGCUCGCGGUGGCGGCGUCGGCCGUGCUCCGCAGCGAUGCGUCGGGCAGCCUGGGCGGCGUGCCCGGCAAGAGACUGAAGAUGCAGUACGCCACGGGGCCGCUGCUCAAGUUCCAGAUCUGUGUUUCCUGAGGGUACAGGCGGGUGUUUGAGGAGUACAUGCGGGUUAUUAGCCAGCGGUACCCGGACAUCCGCAUUGAAGGAGAGAAUUACCUCCCUCAGCCCAUAUAUAGACACAUAGCAUCUUUCCUGUCAGUCUUCAAACUAGUGUUAAUAGGCUUAAUAAUUGUUGGCAAGGACCCUUUUGCUUUCUUUGGCAUGCAAGCUCCUAGCAUCUGGCAGUGGGGCCAGGAAAAUAAGGUCUAUGCGUGCAUGAUGGUGUUCUUCCUGAGCAACAUGGUUGAGAACCAGUGCAUGUCGACAGGCGCAUUUGAGAUAACCUUCAACGAUGUACCAGUGUGGUCUAAGCUGGAAUCUGGUCACCUUCCAUCCAUGCAACAGCUUGUUCAAAUUCUGGACAAUGAAAUGAAGCUGAAUGUGCAUAUGGAUCCAAUCCCACAUCAUGGAUCAUAGCCCCACCUAUCAGCACUGAAAACCCUUUUACAUUAAGGGACUUUUGCAAGAGCAGCGUGGCUGACAGUAUGAAGGCCUGUACUGAAGACAGCAAGCUGUUAGUACAGACCCGAUGCUUUCUUGGCAGGCUCGUUGUACCUCUUGGAAAACCUCAAUGCAAGACAGUUUUUCAGUGCUGGCACAUUUUGGAAUUCUGCACAUUCGUGGAGUGCAAUAAUACUGUAUAGCUUUUCUUUGUCUUCCCCAAAUCCACUCAGUUAAUAGUUUUUAAAAAAUGUAGACAUUGCGGCUUAUACCUUUUUUCUUAGUCAUAUUUUAAAAAGUAGAAAAUUGAGUUACAAUUUGAUUUCUUUUCAAAGAUGUCUGUUAAAUCUGUUGUGAUUUUAUAUGAAUUUUCCCUUUUUAUAGUUUAAAAUCAAUCAUCUGGGGAUUACACCUGAAGUUCCCAAAAUACUUUAUAAGAGUUUAUCAGACAUCUUUAAUUUGGUCAUGUCAAAUUUAUAUAGUUUUCAAAAUACUGCAGAUUGUGAACAGUGCAUUAUACAAGAUUAUGGGGGGAAAUCUUAUAUCCAGAGUACUCUACCAGUUUGUGUGUAUGUGUGUGCGUGUGCGUGUGUGAUUACUAGAGAAUUACUAAAAGACCAACCGCUUUUUAAAUCCUUAUGUAGUUCAAGUGUCUUGCCUUGACCAGUCUAAUGAGUUGAUUAACUUGGCCUUUAUACUUAACUCAAUAAAAAACUAAGCAGAUGGAAGUUAAAUAAAAAGUUUGAGUUUUUUGCCCAGCGUACCUGUUAACAUUAUAUUUAACAGUCUGCCUAAAUUUUUGUUUUUGACCUGCAGAUAAAUAAUUUGAUAAGGGACGCACUUUAGAUUCACACACAAAUAAUAGAUCAUUUACCAUUUUUAGGAUAAUUGAAACUUGCCUCACUAAGGGAAGUUCAGUGGAACCUCAUUACAACAUUAAUAUUAGGAGAAUGGAGAUAACUUGUCUAACAUAUAUCAAUUUUAUUAUAUUUGAGGAAGAAAAUUGAAAAAAUUUUUAUUCAGUGAAUUUACUAUCUUUCAGAGUUCUAUAAAGAUAGUUUAAAAAAAAACAAUUUCAGUUGAUAAAGACUAUAAGAGUACUUUAGCAGAAAUAGGACCACAAUGUAGAAAAUCAGUCAUAUAGCAACAGUCAUACUUCAGCUUCCAUAUAGGACUAGAAGUGGUAGGUGUAGAUUUUUUACUGGCAGUAAAGGGAUUUGAGGAAAAGUUAGGAGAUAAUUCAGCACUGGGUCCACCACUGUGUACUUGGUGUGUCACCGUGUAUGUGUUGACUGCAUGUCGUAAUGAUCAUGAUUGUGAACAUACUAUAAUCUCCAGCUGACAGGAAGUCAGUCUAAUCAGUCACUGCAGAGAAUUGAUUCACCGGCUUGUCCUUCUCCUAAAGACUGCGCAGCUGUUCCCUGAGUUCGUGCAGUGGCGAGAGUCCGUGCAGUGUAAGCUGGAAGUUCCUUAGAGGUUAUUAUUCAAGCGUGGUAACACUUUGUUAUCUGUGACUAGGGCUUAAACCUUGUUAACUCGAUUGGUACCAGCGCAGACUCCUGUCUUCUGCAAGUUGAACACAUUGCCCAGUGUGUCAGGUCUUUUCUUCAGCUGAGGGACGUUCCACUGGUGACAGCCUUUGGCAUUUAGCCCUUCCAGCCUUGAGCCUUGGACGUUCCCUGAUAUCUGACAGGUCAGCCAUGGUGAACCUGAAACUCGAGGCUAGCUUUUUCCAUGUAUGCCUGGGGUGAAUAAGUUUUCUUUUGGAGAAUAGCUUUAAGUGGCUUAGACUCUGAUAAAAGCUGUUUUGUUGACACUCAUCCCAAUAUUGUUGAUUUCUCUUUGGCCAUAUUUAAAUCUAGGAUUUAAUUGAGUCUAGUGAAAAAAUUAGUGGGAAGCAUGAAUAUAAAAAAGAAAAUUUCAGGAAAAAGGGAAAGUUAAAACAAAACUAUUUAGAAUGUAGUUUUACUAUAUUCCUAACAUUUCAAAAUUUAUUCGUUGCUUACAAAUUGAUGUGGCUCUGUAGUUUAUAAAUGUCUGUGUGCUGUAUUACUUAGAAGACCAUAGAACAUGACAGCAAGUUGGCUAAUGUUAUUGGAGUUUUAUUGCAGUUGCUAUUGUGGAAGAAAUUAUUUGUUAUGUUAAUAAAAAAGUUGGCGAAACAUGGCUUUAUA